UUCUUUAGUUUAAAAAAUAUGGCACGAUUUCUAAUAAGCUUCAUCUACUUAAUAAUUUUUGUUAAAGCCUUCGCUGAAGUGGAGCUUAGGGAUGAGGACUACAAUAAAACCUGGAUGUAUAUGCCCAAUGGCGACGGAGAAAUGGAAGUGGCAUACCUAGUUGAACCACCAGCCGAAAAAGAUCGCAGCGAAGUUUCUGAUUUUAUACAGCUUGAGUAUUACGGCAGUACAAACCCCGAUAAACCCGUGACGACUGUAUUUUCGCUGAGUGAAAGUCCAAUUAGUACACGGCAAAAUCAAAAACGACACAAACGAGAGACAUGGGAGGAGCUAGCCGACAGAUUCAAAGCCGACAUGAAUACCAAGAUUCUGGUACAUGGCUGGAAAUCUAGUUCACGCAGUAACUCCAUACAAGCUAUACGCAAUGCGUACGCCGAUCGCGGCAAUGUGAAUGUAUUCGCCAUAAAUUGGAGCGAUCAGGCGGAUAAUAUUUAUUACCUUGAGCCUGCACGUUAUACCGUGCAAGUGGGCAAAGCUGUUGCGAAAUUAAUUGAUUUGCUAGUGGAGGAUAAAGGUGCCGAACCCAAGGAUAUCCAUUUGAUAGGACAUAGCUUGGGUGCGCAUAUUAUGGGCUAUGCGGGGUCUUACACUAGGCACAGAGUCGGUCGCAUUACAGGUUUGGAUCCUGCGCGUCCCGCUUUUGAGGGUAAUACUGGACCAGAGAAUCAUCUGGAUGCCACCGAUGCUGACUUUGUGGAUGUCAUACACACCUGUGCGGGCAUUUUGGGUUUCAAGCAGCCAAUCGGUGCGGUUGAUUUUUAUCCGAAUGGCGGUGGCGCUUUUCAACCGGGCUGCAAGGAGCCGAUGCAGAUUUUAACUGGCUGCAGUCACGGUCGCUCCUGUGAAUAUUUUGCAGAGUCCAUCAAUAGUAAAAAGGGUUUCCUAGCUACCGCCUGCAAUUCCAUAGUGGAUGCUAAUGCUAUGAACUGUACUGGUCAACGAAUGCUAAUGGGUGACCCUGUAUUAGGAGAUGCGCGUGGUAUAUAUUCAGUAAAAACGGCUGAUAAGCCAACUUUUGCGCUUGGCAUGGAAGGUUAA